CAGUUGUUCAGUGAGUUGUUGGCCAAAGAACGCGGCGGAUCAUCGAAAUGCCUUGGCAAUGGCUGCUGCUGCUCUUCUCGCUGCUGAUGAUCGACGGUGGCAGUGGCGCCUCCAAACGUGUUAAAAUGUGUCUGCAGCCGAUGAUCAGCGGACGCUGCUUUGGUCACGUCGAGAGCUAUGCCUACAAUCCGCUCCAGCGUCGCUGCGAGGCCUUCAUCUAUGGCGGUUGCGGUGGCAACGAGAAUCGCUUCGACAGCAAGGCCGAGUGUGAAUAUAGUUGCCGUGAUAUUUAAGCCGAUGAACCGUAAAACCGAUCGCGAAAUGAUUAUGAAUGAAUGUGAAUCAAUGCUCAAUUAAUAACAGAAACUGGCCAGAAACUGAAUUCAUAACUUUGUUUGCGAUUACUAAGUAGUAUAUUCAAUUUGUUGUUUGAUUCGCCUUGUUGUUGUUAAUGUUAGUGCGCCGCUUCACGUGUCGCGGAUUGUUGCAAAUCUUCUCGCAAUCCUCGAGUGUGUUAAACAGCCGCUUAUUGCUGCAACCCAUGUACUUGCAGUGCUGUGUCUCUAUGUCAUAGUAAAUGCCCAGAGUGGAGGGCACGCAGAGGCUGCUCGUGCUUGGCUUCACCUGGCACAGAUCGCCUAUUUGAAACAAUCGAAAUGUCAGUUAACAAUGCUUAAAGGUUGCUCAUAUGUCUCUCUUUUUACUUACGUGUCUUGGCCGCAAUCAUGUGCAGCUCCAGGCACAGAAACAACAGCGUGAUCAGGCUCAGCAUGGACAUUUGCAUUCCUCGACUCAUUUUGCAAUUUAAAAUACUAUCUGGCAGAAGUGAUGAUGACAGUGAUAGUCGCAGUAGCUGUAGCUGUAGCUUAAGUCUGCUUCUUUUGAUCCUUUGUGUGUAUUCAGCUUUGGACUGUGGCUGGCACAGAUAUCAUCUGAAUUUCCAUAGAUUCCCUGUCGUCAAUGGCUGCGACGAAGUUGUGUGAAAAUGCGCAGCUACUCGCCAUAUAUAUUGGCUUAUAAAUGAAGUGGAUUAAUGCUUUAUGUCUAUACUGUACUUAGUAUACGGAUCUGUUGAUUUCGAUUUAUGAGUUCUUUAUACUCGACAGCGGCAUCGACAUCGACUUCGGUGAGAGUUCAGCACAGUACGUAGACCAAGCUUGUGU